GCUUGGUAUAGUUUUUCUUUGUUUCAGUGGCAUUUAAGGAAUUGUUUUUUUGUUAUGUUAAAGCCUCAAGGAAUGUUCAUCAUAUUUUAAUCUAAUAUCUGAGCGUUUUUGUGAAUUUCUUGUAGCUCAUUAACAGGUGUGUUUGUAAAUGUGGCAACAGUGCCGAUGUAAACAUCGAAGAGCUUUGUAAUGCAAUGUGUUAGUGUGGGCGAUACAACUUUUUUCUUGGUGCUUGGACCUUAUAAGGACAGUUUGAAACAAAUAGAGUUAUUGCAGAUCCUCUGUCAAAUGGAAUUGGCAUCGGUGAUGUAGCUGUGGCAGCUAGCCGGUGCGUCGCAUAGUUCCGACUCCACCUGUGGUCCCACCCACCUGCGAACAGGAAACUGAUACAAGUGCAGUGUGUUAUUUUUGCGUUUUUCGUGAACAUUUAUCACUUUUAGUGCAGAGACAAAGUUCUGUGAGGGACAAAUUCGCAAUGGGUAGCACAAGACCAAGACACGGGAGUCGGUAUACUGUCAAUAUGAACAUAAAGUGGAGUAUAUUCUUAAGUGUCAGUUUGUUUGUUGCACUUGUUUGUGGUCAAUAUGAGUGGCAAGUUCGAGAUGCAUUCGACGAAGUGCGUUUACGAAUGGAUAAAGUUACAUCAGAUAAUUGCCCAAUUCAACACCGACCAGAUCUAUACUUGCCCGAAGAUUCAAUAUCCCAUCUUCCUGAUGUUAAAGACAUAAAUAUAAAUCCUGUAUUUCCAAAUAGAACUGCUUUAUUGCAUCUACAUAACAUGGCUAUGAAUCGUGCAUUUUUUUGGAGCUACAUAUUGCAAGCAAGAUUCAUUCGACCUGCAAUAAAUGACACCUAUGAUCCAGGAAUGAUGUACUAUUUUUUAUCAACUGUUGCUGAUGUAUCAGCAAAUCCUCACAUAAAUGCUAGUGCUAUUUACUUUGCACCCAAUUCCUCCUAUACAUCAUCUUACAGAGGAUUCUUUAAUAAAACUAUGCCACGAUUUGCACCACGAACAUUUAGGGCUGAUGACUUCAAUGAUCCAAUUCAUUUGGAACGUAUUUCCACUUUGAAUACAUUUACUGUGCAAGAUUUAGGAGCAAUUCCAAAUGAUAGUUUGAGUUUGGACUACACUUCUGAUGCAUACAGAAUCAAUGAAUGGUACAAGAAAUGGCUUCCGGAUUCUGCACCUGGAGAAAGAAGACACGAUACAAAAACAACAUACCAAGUAGAAAUUCGAUAUGCUAACAAUACAAAUGAAACAUUUACUUUCCAUGGACCUCCCGGUGCUGAUGAAAUUCCGGGACCUGUUAAAUGGACCAGACCGUAUUUCGAUUGUGGUCGCUCAAAUAAAUGGUUAGUGAGUGCAGUUGUGCCUAUUGCAGAUAUUUAUCCUCGCCACACUGGAUUCCGUCAUGUUGAAUACCCAACAUAUACUGCAGUUAGUGUUUUGGAGAUGGACUUCGAUCGUAUUGAUAUAAACCAAUGUCCUAAAGGGGAAGGUAAUAGUGGGCCUAAUCGAUUUGCAGACACAGCUAGAUGUAAAAAGGAAACAACAGAGUGUGAACCAAUUCAUGGAUGGGGAUUUAGACGUGGAGGAUACCAAUGCCGAUGUAUUCCAGGCUAUAGACUGCCCACAAUUGUUCGGAGACCAUUUUUAGGCGAAAUAAUUGAAAGGGCUACUUCUGAACAGUACUAUAAUGGAUUUGACUGUAUGAAAAUUGGCUGGAUUCACAGAUUACCCGUGCAGUGGGGAAAAGCAAAAUCACAUAUUCGAGAAAAGUAUCUUGACAAGUUUUAUGAGUAUCGCAAUUACUCUACAGGUCCUGAAUCUUUACAUAGUGAAAAUAUUAAUAUUGAUGAAGUAGUAAAAUUCAUUCGUUCUAUAAAUCCAUCAACAUGCAAACAAUACCGUCCUCAAGAUUUAGUUCUUCGGGGAGAUAUUAGUUUUGGAGCUGACAAACAAUUUGUGAAUGAGGCCAAAAUGGCAGUUCGCCUUGCCAAUUUUAUUAGUGCUUUUCUGCAGAUUUCAGAUCCUCGUGAAGUGUACUCUGGAAAGCGAGUUGCAGACAAGCCAUUAUCUGAAGAUCAGAUGAUUGGAGAAACACUUGCUCUUGUUAUGGGAGAUACAAAAAUCUGGUCUGCUGGUACAUAUUGGGAUCGUAAUAAAUUUACUAACAGAACGUUAUUUGCACCUUUUGCUUAUAAGAAGGAACUAAAUGUACGAAAGUUCAAAGUUGAAGACCUUGCUAGAUUAAAUUCAACUGAGGAAGUGUAUACAAAUAAGCCAUGGUUUCAAUUUUUAAAGCAAAGAUGGUCAACUAAUUUUGAUUCUCUUGAAAAGUUUUACAUGAAAAUAAAAAUUAGAUUUAAUGAAACUGGAGAAACACUCAAGAAAUACGAACACUAUCCCAAUUUUUACAGGGCAGGCAAUCUUGAUCAUGGUUACUGGACAACACCAUAUUUUGAUUGUGAUGGAAAAGUACCCAUGUGGGCCAUUACGUAUGCUGCUCCUUUCUUUGGUUGGGAUAGCCUUAAAGCUAAAUUAGAAUUCAAAGGAGUUGUGGCAGUGACAAUGGAUUUGCUGAAAUUGGAUAUCAAUCAAUGUCCAGAUAAAUUUUAUGUUCCAAAUGCUUUUAAAGACACUCACAAAUGUGAUAAGAAGACAUCUUACUGUGUUCCAAUUCUUGGUCGUGAGUUCGAAACAGGAGGAUACAAGUGUGAAUGCCUCCAAGGUUAUGAAUAUCCAUUUGAAAACCCAAUAACUUACUUUGAUGGACAGCUUGUCGAGGCAGAAUUUUCAAAUAUAGUGCAAGACAAAGAGACAAGAUAUGACAUGUUCAAAUGUCGUCUAGCUGGAGCUGCAAGUGUGCAGAGUAAUUUAGUAAUUUUAUUUAGUAUGAUAUUAACACUCUGGAUGCUACAUAAAUGAGUAUUUUUUUUCAUUUUUGCUAAUAUGUUGUACAUCCAAGAGUCAUUUUCCAGAGAAAAUUCUGACUGUUUAUAGAGUAUGUUUUAUACAAGAAAUAUUCCUUAUGCUAAAUUUUUUUAAAUGUGUCUGAAAAGGUAAUGAGUGUUUUUGUGCAUGAAAGUGGCUGCAUUAUGUUUCAAGUAAUAUCAAUUUAAACAUAUUCUAUGUUCAGUUUUCCUAUAUCUAAUAUAUCACAUUAUAAAAAUCAUCUUUGAUUUGCAUAAAAAACUUGAAUCUAGCUUGGAAGAUAUUUAAAGCAUUCGAAUUGAAUAUAAAUAGUACUUGUUUACAACAGGACGUAUUCAGUAAUGAUAAAAUUGUCUGAGUAAAACCGUGCUUAUUCUGAACUUCAGCCAAGGCAAGGAAUCACAAGAAUGAUGCUGUAAAAGUUACUCCUGAAUUGUUGAUCGGGUAACUAGAAGGAUUGGUGUAAAAGUUUACAACUCAUUAUCAUAUUCUUCUCAUUUUCUGAUUAUUUCUACAAAUGGCCAGUGAAUCAGUGCAUUGGGCUUUUCAAGUUAAUGAAUUAGGAAUUUCUGUCUGCCAAGACAGAAUGUUGAUUUUAUGUUUUACGUUGUAUAUCAAUAUUUGUAAGGGUUUAUUACAUUCUUACUAUCCUACAUUCCUUCCUAAGUAUUCAUAAUUCAUUUUGAUGUUCUUUUACCAAAUGAAAGAAUGUAUAUGUUCAUGCAUUUAGCAUCUUUUGCUCAGUUAGCUUUUAAUUUAUAAAAUACUCUCAUUAAAUCCAUUUUAAGAUCUGAACUUUGAUACAUGAAUCUUCAACAAGCUGGAGAACUAGGCUUGAAUUUAGAAGAGGAAGAGUGUUUACAGGCAAUAUUAUCUUGACUUAAUUAAAUGAUAAAGAAGAUCUUAUAUUUUUAUUAGUAUUGCAGUAAUCUAGUCUGGCUGUUAUUUUAAAUCUUUAUUUCAUUUUUAUUAUCUUGGUAUUUCAAGGAUGAAUACUCACGAGUCAAGAUAUUUGUGUCAGUUGAAGCAUUAAGACAACAUUCUAUGGAAUAAAGUGUAGAGUACUAGUGUCUGUCUCUAGAGGAAUAUAUUUAAAUAUUUUAAAAAUUACAAAAUAGGCUACUAAACAUCAUCUCAGAUCUUGAGCUACUCACUAAAAAAUUCAUUUCUAGUGUUACAAUUGUACAGGAAGGUACUGUUUUGUUGUGUGUGAACUUUUCAUAUUUUUUGUGCAUUUAUAUACUUGCAAGGAACUUUUUAGUGAAGUAGGUCAAGAUCUGAGAUGAGAUUUUCUUGGCUGCCCGGGUGACGCCGCAUCCAUGGUGAAGGUGCCGACGUUUCGGUCGCUAUUUUGCGACCUUCCUCAGAGCGUAAUGCUAACGAAAUGCAUUACACCCUGAGGAAGGUUGCAGAAUGGUGACCGAAACCGCCAUGGCGUCACCCGGACAGCAAAGUAAAUACUGACUCCGACCACGGAAGCCUACGCUCUCAUCUGAGAUGAUAUUUGGUUGCAUUUUUUGUUUUUAUACAUUUUGAGUUUUCAUCCAAAAACACAAUGGUGGUUUGCAAAUCAUUUGCAAACGAUUUUACCCCUUUUCUUUGCGGUGUUUUUUGUCUUGCUGUAAUCAAGAACAUAAACUUAAAGUUCUAUUGAAUGUUAUCAAAAUUGCAUGUAUAGUCUGUGAUAGAAUGUAAUGAUUACUUUUGAACUCAGGAUUUUGAGUGCUUUGUGUGUGGCAUCCUAGGUUCUAAGUAAUCGAGAUUUGGAAAGAAAGGAAAAAGUAUUUCUUCCUGAUUAAAUCAAUUGUUUGCUAUCCAUGUAUUAUGGUAUGAAGAACAGUGAUGAGAUACCUCGUAACAUGUAUGUUUCUUAUUUGAUCUACAUGUCAAAGACAUGCUUAUUGCAUGUAUGAAUUUACACACAAAAAAUCAGUGUAUAUCACAUGUAAUUGAAAUUCUCACAAGACCUUGUAGAAAAUUGUUUUAAGGAAGUUGUCAUUAACAAUGUUAGAGAAUCACUAUCACCAUUUCAAAGGGCACUAAGCAUGAAUCAACAUCAUUCAUAUAUUAUACCUACAAAAUCCCCCUUCUAAGCAAGACUUUUAAUACAUACUUCGUUCAGAUGUUUUUCCAUCAAUAAGACUGUUAAAUCAACCUUUAUCUAAUAAUUCAGGUUUUCUUUUUAAAUAUGUUCCCAUCACAUGAAGAGAAUUCUGUAAUGUUUAGUGUAUUUUUACUACAGCAUUUUUGGAUGAUUGUAUUUUUAUAUAACACAAAUGGUUUUGCUCUUGUGAAGUUUGAAACAUUCUCUUAGUAGGUGUUAUUGGUUCAAAAACAAUCAAUAAUCUCAUCCAUGAAAUAAGUUAUUUUUUAAACUUAUUUCAGGAAUAUAUAUGUAUUAUUCUUUUAUAUUUGAUAUAUUUUAUAGUGUAUCAGUGCAAAUGUGCAUGAGAAUGGAUAUGAACGUUCUUAUCAAGUAAUUCCCAUACUGUUUUGCAAGACAGUGAAAAACUUCAAUGUGUCUCCGUCCACUAAUAAAAGCAGCUGAGUUUCCUUCCGUCCAUUUCUGCAGCUGGUUAUUUUACAAAAAAUUAUUUUACUUGUUCUGUUGUAUUGUUGAAAAUUUAUGGAGAGAAAUGUUGAUUUUUUAUAAGGUUUUACUUUUGGAGAUGUCAUUUCUAAUAUUAAGUUGAAAUAUUAAUAAAUAUGUUCCAUUAUUUACUAUCAGAUCAAAUAUACUAUUUUAACUUAAUUUUGUAAUGAAGAUGCAUUUUUCAACCUAAAAUUUAAUACAGUGAUUGAAAUAAAUGCAGCUGUAAAACAUAAUGUAUAAUUGAUAGUACAAAUAAAAACUUUUCUAAAUC